AAAAAAAAAAGGGAGAGCGGGCAGGAAUGAGUGAAAUUAGUGAGAAUCAUGUGAUUUACCACUCUUUCCCUCUCAACCCUCCUAUUUUCUCUCUCUUUUCUCUCUAAUAGACGACUCUGUAAACGCCCCUUUUAGUUUGUUUUUUGUGUAGCAAUUUCCAUUUCUGAACGGUUUUAGAGACUGAGAGGUUCUUCUUCGCCAUCUGGGUUUUGGUUUUUACAAUGGCUUCCACUGCUUCAAGGUUCAUCAAGUGCGUUACGGUCGGAGAUGGGGCUGUGGGGAAGACCUGCAUGCUUAUAUGCUAUACCAGUAACAAAUUCCCCACUGAUUACAUUCCCACAGUGUUUGAUAACUUCAGUGCAAAUGUGGUGGCUGAUGGCACCACUGUCAAUUUAGGCCUCUGGGAUACAGCCGGUCAAGAAGAUUACAAUAGGUUAAGGCCAUUGAGCUACAGAGGAGCUGAUGUUUUCAUCCUUGCCUUUUCGUUAGUUAGUCGAGCGAGUUACGAAAACGUGCUUAAGAAGUGGAUUCCAGAGCUUCAACAUUAUGCACCUGGAGUCCCGGUGGUAUUGGUUGGCACCAAACUGGAUCUUCGAGAGGACAAAUUCUAUUUGGCUGAUCAUCCUGGAUUGGUGCCUGUAACCACUUCGCAGGGUGAGGAACUCCGUAAACAGAUCGGUGCAAUGUAUUAUAUCGAAUGCAGCUCAAAAACCCAGCAGAAUGUGAAAGCAGUUUUUGAUGCAGCAAUAAAGGUUGUAAUCAAGCCACCACAGAAACAAAAAGAAAAGAGGAAGCCACACCGUGGAUGCCUGCUAAAUGUAAUUUGUGGAAGAAACCUUAUGAGGCAAAGUUGAGAGCAGCAGCUUUACUUUACAACAAAACAACAGAGGGUUGUUUGAAGCUAGGAAAAUAUGUUGGAAGCCACCAAUGUUUCAUAAUAUCAGUAGCUGUUUUUAAGUCUGAUUUGUAUCCACUUUUUUAAGGUUCUUUUAGUCGCUUCGUUGUAUACAAUUAUUUUUAGGGGGAAGGAUGUGGCGUGUGAACUCUGCUUUCUCUUCCUCCAUUCGGUGGUAUAUUGUACAAUAAUAACUCUAAUAGGAACUGCCUUAUAAACCUA